CCACAAGCAGGCGGUGAUGCCUUCCUUGCUACUUGUUACACUACUCGCCACAAAAGUUACUAUUUCUUCGGCCAACAUGUGUAUAGUAAACGAAAGUAUAUCUCAAGCUAUGGCGGACGAAGGAGUACAAUUGUCUCCUUGUGUGACUUCGAAUUACUCCAGGACGACCAAUAGCUGUUCGAUAAAUGAUUUUCAGAGAGGAUUUGCAAAUACGAGCACACCCCACUGCCUUUUCGGAGGGCAUUCUGUUGAAUGUUACUGCUCGUACGAAUGCACACCUGGAGUACUCAAGAUCCUCAUAAAAAUACACAGCACUAAAGCGAGCGAGUGGGAGCAGAACUGUGGAACAGAGUUCAUCAAGCUUUUUGAAAGCACAUCAAAGUCAACUAAGCCAGCUAAGCUCUCGACAACAGAAUAUUUAGCUGCGAGAACAACAACACAGAACAUCACAGAGGAUGAAGAGCAAGACUACAUCGCAGCAAAAAAGCGGCUAAUAAAAGCCACAUCGUUCAAGAUGUUCUGGAUUUUUUGCGGGAUGGCCUUCGUGAUGGUUUGCCAAUUGGUGCUAAUCACGAUGAUCCGAAAUGAGGCCGAAAGAUACCAAAAACAGCUACGUGCAAUUUCAAGCCGCUCCAGUCAUUUGGAAGCUCAACGCACCAGCUCUUCAAGCAGCGCUCCCAGCACUCCUGGCACACCGACUCGAAGUAAAAGAAAGACUAUUGCAUCGAAGACAGCUAUUAUUAGGGGAAGAGUUUCACACAAGAAUAUGCCCAAAAGCGGAGACUGGUAUCAGUUCAAGAAGCCGUAACGUGAAUAUUCGGAUAUUGAAUAAUUUCAGUCCAAAUGCAAAAGAUGUCUAACAUUUGAUAAAACUCGUAUCCU